AAAUGCAUCAGCCACACAAACUCACUCUUAUACAAACAUGUAACCCUCUAUUUGCUCCUUGUAUCUGUAGUUUCAAAGAGGAGAACAAAUGGGUCUAAGGGCUCUCCCUCUUUCUCCUCCCUCUCAAAACUUCAGCUCUCCAUCCAUAGCCUUCUUCACUCAUAAUACUUCAACUCUCAAGCCCCACAGAGUUACCACAAAGUUAGGCAGGGUUCAAGCCAAGACCGAAGAUAAUAAAGAAGAAGAGAAUGGCAAAAGCAAGAGCAAGCAGUCUUUGUUUGGGAGCAUAACGGAGGCCCUCGACUUCUCUCAGGUCAGGUCGUCCCAGGAUGCUGAGCUUCUUGAGGAGGCAAGGGAAGCUACAAGCUCUGGAGGACAAAUGACCAGAGAACAGUAUGGAGCACUUAGGAGAAAGAUUGGUGGCACCUACAAAGAUUUCUUCAAGUCCUAUGUUGAAGUUGAUGGAGAAUAUGUGGAAGAAGGCUGGGUCGACAAAACCUGCAAAGUUUGCAAGAAAGACACCAGGGGCGAGCCAAGGCAGAAGGACAAUUUUGGACGCUAUAUUCAUGUUGCAUGUUUAGAGAAAUCCAAAUCAACCAACUUCUUCUCCAAGUUUUUCUCCUGAUGAAAUCUGCUAACAAAUAUCGAUAUCACUAGUUAUUCUUUCCAUAAUAUUUACAGAUAUAGUGUGAUUUUGUAACAUACCUCAAUGUAUCAUUUUUCUCGAAGGGUAUAUUCCUAAAAGCAAAACCAUUUGCAAAACCACUUGAAAUAAAAUUGCAGUUUCAGUUCCAAUUUA